ACUCCGGCAUAACCCGACUGUCACUGCACCCCAUCACUCGAUCGCAGCCGACGUCAGGAUCGUGCCUGUGCAUGAACCGAACCGCUCGUCCGACUGACUGACCAUCCGUCGUUUUGGGCCCCAAACACCGUCGACGAGCAGCAUCAAUAAAGCAACACACCUCGUUCUUCACGUCCGCGCUGCUUUGGACGACACACUCCAACCUACCGAACUGGCGCUGGACGACCAGGCGAGCAACACCCAUUCCCCCACACACGACCAUCAUCGCCAUGCCCUCCUCUCAGCGACCUUUCUUCCUCUCCUCCUUCAUCGCAGCCUUCCGUCCCCAAGGCCCCUCUCUACAGUCCACAGCCACAUCCACAUCCUCCCAACAACCGACGAAACAUACGACGACGACCGCCGCCGCCGCCGCGUCGCACGCGAACACACCUGCGUCAUCGCCGGCGGCGCGGUCGUACUCCACCACCACGCACCAUAAUCAGCAACAGCCCUCGCGACCUCUACCCAUCCAGCAGCAACCAAGUCGCCGACGCGGCAGCGACUCGAGUAGCGAGGGGUUCAGAGAUGCGUUAGGGGCCGACAAGUGGUACAUUGGCGGGAAGACGGCAGGCGGGGAAGAAAAGUUCUUUAAAAUGGGUGUCAUCAAGAGGGUCAGGAGCAACGACGGGUUGAGUCUCGACAGACUCAGUCUCUAGCGACAAGAGGAUUGAGUGGGAUCAUUGUUUUUGUACGGUACAAUACGCUGGGCAACGCACAUAUGGACCAUUGGAUAGGAUUGGGGGGAUUCAAGGGGCACCAACCGGCUGGUGAAUACGGCACAUUCGGCGUUGCGGGACUGUUUAUUUGGGAUACAUUCAGGCAUACUCUGAAACGAAGACAUGAUUGACUGAUUGAUUGA